AUGGAAACAGUACUGGUGAAAACUGAAAGCAAGCCACAUGUAGUGUUCGUACCAUAUCCAGCACAAAGCCACAUUAAGUGCAUGCUGAAACUAGCAAGGCUACUGCACCACAAGGGUGGCCUAGACAUAACCUUCGUCAACACUGAGGUUAACCACAAGCAAUUACUCGAGUCCGGAGGGCCAAACUCUCUUGAUGGUGAACCAGGGUUCCAGUUCGAGACCAUUCCCGAUGGUGUUCCCGAGGGUACACCAAACUUCAUGUUAAAGAAUCCAGGUACUUGUAUUCUUGCUGAUGGUAUGAUGCCUUUCACCGUUGACGCUGCUGAGAAGCUUAAAGUCCCGAUCAUCCAUUUUUGGACAUUUGCUGCUUGUGCUUUCAUGGGAUAUUACCAAGCUCCAGUUCUAAUUGAGAAAGGACUUAUCCCAUUUAAAGAUGAAAGUUGCUUCACCAAUGGGUAUCUUGACACUGUAAUUGAUUCGAUUCCGGGAUUAGAAGGAUUUCGUUUAAAGGACCUUCCGGGUUAUAUUAGAACCACAAACCCAAAUGAUGAUUCCUAUAAUUAUGUCGUUGAGUGCGUAAAGGCAACUAGGAGGGUCUCAAACAUGAUCAUCCACACAUUUGAGGAGUUAGAGUCAACCGUCAUCAAAGCCUUCAAAUCCAUGAUUCCUCAUGUGUAUACGAUUGGACCAUUGGAGUUGCUUCUAAAUCCAAUACAACUUGAAGAAGAAACAAAUAAGUUGGAUAUUAAGGGCUACAGUCUGUGGAAAGAAGAAGAUGGGUGCCUUAAAUGGCUGGAAUCAAAGGAACCACAUUCGGUGAUUUAUGUCAAUUUUGGAAGCUUAAUAUCAGUGUCUUUAGAACAGUUGCUAGAGUUUGGUUGGGGACUUGCUAAUAGCAACCAUUAUUUUCUUUGGAUCAUCAGACCUGAUUUGGUUAUUGGAGAGUCUGCUGCCUUGCCUCCUGAACUCCAAGAGCUUAUUAAUGAGAAAGGCUUUAUCGCAAGCUGGUGUUCCCAGGAGGAAGUGUUGAAACACCCUUCAAUUGGUGGCUUUUUGACUCACUGUGGGUGGGGUUCAACCAUUGAGAGCUUAACGGCUGGGGUCCCCAUGCUAUGUUGGCCAUUUUUAUGGGACCAACUAACUAAUUGCAGGCAAAUGUGCAUGGAAUGGGAAGUUGGCAUGGAGAUCGAUCAUAAGGUGAACAGGGAUGAAGUCGAGAGGCUCACGAAGGAGUUGAUAGGAGGAGAGAAGGGUAAACGAAUAAGGAGCAAGGCUCUGGAGUGGAAGAAAAAGAUUGAAAUUGCAACUGGUCCGAAAGGCUCAUCUUCAUUGAAUAUUGAGAAACUUGCCGAUGACAUUAAUAUGUUUCCAAGAAAGUAACUACCAGAAACUUGCUAAAGUUCCAUGUUUUUGUUUUUAAUUUUGCAUAGCUCUUUUAUUUUUUUAAUAAAGCGUAAAAGGGGUAAACUGAAAUUUGGUUGUAAGAUGUAUUUGCGUUAGACUCAAAUUCAAAAUUAUUUCAGUUCUAUUUAUGCUAUACGAUGUCCGUCCACAUUAAAAAUGAUGAUUUUGAAUCCAUAUGUAUUACAUUCCGAG